AUGGAAACAGGCCUCUCAGCACCAUCGGGUCCAUUGACCCCGCACCCGCGACUAGGGUGGAUUGGUCUAGGAUCAAUGGGUCUUGGCAUGGCAAGCAACCUGCAGAAACACCUCGUCAAACUCAGUGCCCCGAAUCUGCAGUACUACAAUAGGACAUUAUCACGCGGCGCCCCCCUUUCAGAGAUCGGAGGGCUGGCACGUUCCAAUGCCAAGGAUCUUGUCAAUAAUACUGAUAUAAUCUUCAUGUCCCUCAGCGAUGAUGCGGCGCUCGAGGCAACUCUAGAUGCAUUACUCGAAAUGCCCGCACCAAUCAACUUGACGGGCAAAGUCAUUGUGGACACAUCCACCGUCCACCCAUCCUCGUCGGCAACAGCGAGAGAUCGUCUGGCAGACAGAAACGCAAAGUUUGUCGCAGCUCCUGUAUUUGGCGCAAGUCCUGUGGCUGCGGCAGGAAAGCUGUUAUGGAUCAUCGCAGGGCCUCGCGACGCCGUGGAUAGGAUUGACCCCUUCAUCGUGGGCGUCAUGGGAAGGGGUGUCAUUCGGCUCGGCGAAGAUGUACAGCAGUCUAGUAUGAUGAAGACGGCCGGAAACUUCAUGACCGCAGGGAUGAUGGAACUCGUCGCUGAAGCCCACGUCUUUGCCGAAAAGACGGGACUGGGCACUGAGGCGAUGGAAACGCUUAUUGGGCAGCAAUACGGACCACUGGCUCUAUCGAUAUCAAAACGGAUGACAGCGGGGGCCUACAUGCCACCGCGAGGCGAAAGACCCAUGUCGGACUUGACACUGGCUUUGAAAGACGUCAGCCACGGCAUUGACUGCGCAGAGAAGGCUGGUGCACAACUGAAAGUGGGAGCGGUCGUUUUGCAACACCUUAGAGAGGCAAAAAGGUUCUCAGACACUGAGAGAAGGCAGCUUGAUUCCUCGUCCAUGUACGGUGUCUUGAGAGCAGAGUCUGGGUUGCCAUUUGAAACUGUGUUCGUCAAGGGGAGGGACAGUUUUGAAUCCUUAACCUUAAGCUCUGGGGAUGCCGAACAUCCGGAAAAUUGA